AUGUCAUUCACAGUCAGCCACGCCCUCGCACUCGAGCGGCCUCUUGUUGGGCACGCUGCGCCAUGGAACGACCCGGCGAUGGCCUUGACGAGUUUGCACUUGACAUUGCCGUGGAGUGACGCACCGUUUGCCACCAUUGGCUGCGCGGCCUGCAACCAGUCGCUCUCGCAGUGCUUGGACGACGCGUACGGCCACCUGCACGUCGCGUGCCCAGUGAGCCAAGACGGGUGCAUCGGCACCUACCAUUUUCGCACGAGCCGCCCUAUCUCGUCGCUGCGUCUCGUGCACUGUCUCUACGACGAAGCGUCAAGCAGCGUAGCACACGUCGACCACACGCUGCACGGUCCGUUCCAGCCGGGCAUCGAGUACUCGUGGCGCGUCGCUUUGGCAUCGCUGCCAUGCGCCCCGACCUUGCCGCGUCCUUGCGAUGUCUUUUUCUUCGAAGGCGACGCGCCGCUACUGCACCACCGCAUGACGUUUACGGUGUCUGCGUCGGUGCCGCAGGACCUGCUCUACGAUGCCAUUGAGAAGGGCUUGACGAUUGGUGUCAUGGACGCGCUGCACCGCGGCGCUCUCACCCCGGCAACCGGUGGCGUCGCACUGCACUUGGCCGUGCAGAAGCGGUACUUUCCCAUCAUCGACGUGCUCCUUGCCCACGGCGCGUCCUUUGAAGCAAUGGACGCAGCGCGCGUGGGGUUCCUUCUCACUACCAGCCACUCCGUGUUGUAUCGUGCGAUGGAAGCGGGCGAUAUGGACAUGCUUCGCUUCCUCCUCGCACGCGGCGUGCGUGCGCUCUCGGAAGAUGGCGGAAACGCGCUGCUGCUAGCCAUCGCGCGCGGAGCGCCCGACAUCAUCCAAUGCUUUCUGCAGCACAUGCGCGCGGACGACGACCUCAAUGCGCUCUUUGCAUGGAAGGCGGGAAUGGUAUCUCCCCUCUCGGUCGCGUACGACUGCAACGAGCCCGAAAUUGCGCUGCAGCUGCUCGAGGCCGGGGCCAGCGCCGUCGCCAGUGGUCGUAGCCACAGCGUCCUCCUCUACUGCAUCUCGUGCGUUCUCGACGCCGACACGGUCCUCGCCCACGUCGUCCUUUUGCUCGAGCGCGGCGCUGGCGUCGACAUCCAUAAAGCCAUCGACGGCGAGACGUCGGCCAUGACGGUGGCGAUCGAACGUCGCUUGUACGAAGUCGUGCUCGUCUUGGUCGCGCACCAAGCCGAGGCCACGUCCCGCCCGCCGAGCUCGUACGAUGCACACGUAUAUGCCCUCGCACGCGACUGCGACGACGGCGGGCACAUGCUCUCGGUCCUUGGCUUGCCGUCCAUCUCGUACGCACCGAUGGCGGGCAAGUCCGAGCCCGUGCAGCGCAUCGAUUUGAGUGCGCUGGACCAAAGCAUUCUCGAUGCAUUGCUCCAUGCGCCGCCCGUGCAAGCCAUGGAGACGCUCGCCAUCACGGACGACGCCUCGGACGACUGGCUCUUGCUUUGAGUGAAAAAUUCGUGUUGUUUUUGUGCAUCCAAAAGUUUAAAAUCCAAUGUCAUGAGAUUGAAAAUCA